CCCCUGCAGUCUGGCAGCUUCCAGCCACUUGUGCCAUGGAACACUCAAAACAUGGCUAUUGCCGCUUAGGACUAGAACAGUUCAUUUUAUUUGCCACAUGUUGUCGGUGCUAGUCAGUGGACAGCGGCAAUCAAGAGCUGACAUGGUUUAGCUUCUUUAAACUCCCAGUACUCUGCCAGGUUGACACUCUUAGCUCUCUUUAUAGAGGAGGAUUCAGAUACUGCCUGCACCCUUGCCAGGAGCAUCAGCACUUAGUACUCCAAUUCAGUAGCUCUGCUGGCAGUCACUCCCACAUCUUUCUAACAAGAUCCCCAUGCUCUUGGCAGAGACUGGUGCCCAGGUGUGUGGUUCCCAUUUGUGCCACCUACUGUCUUGUCACCAGACAUCACCUCAAUCUUUACAAUAGCGUUUCAGGCAUCACUCCACAAGAUCAGGAAGUGACAGCAGCUGCUUUGCUUUUGGCUGUGACCUCAACAUAAUGUCUGAUGUAUGACAGGUGCUCUGAAGUACUAGCUGAGUGCUAUCUUCCUUUGCACAUGACCAGAGACUAGGCAUCACUGCUAGUCUAACCCCUGUGUCCCUUUCCUUCGUUCGUGUGCUUCAGUCUUCACAGGGAGACAGCCCUAGCCAAUUUGAUCCCAUGUAGGAGAAGAUACAGACAAGUUGCAAAACUCUAGCAAUGUGAUAAAAAGGCUCCUAAGGUGAUGGGGAAAGUCUUCUAGAAAGCCUGGUUUUCUUGAGAUGGUCCCUGAAAGAAUUGGGCCCUGGCAGCUUUCUAGGAAUCUGCAGCAGCUUUCUUGCUAACAGAUGGAGGAGACAUGGUCUAGGAGGGUAGGGCAGACAACCAGGCAAAGUCCUGCACAGCUAGAGCCAUUCUUGUGGGACACAGUAAACCUGCCUUAGUUAGGUUUUCUAUUGCUGUGAUAAAAUACGAUGACCAAAAGCAACACGAGGUGGAAAGGGUUUAUUUCACCUUAUAAGUCUACAUCACUAUCACUGAGGGAAGUCAUCGUUGGACCCAGAGGCAGGAACCAAUGUACAGGCCACAGAGAAAGUGUUACUUACUGGUCUCCUUCCUCUGGCUUGCUUGGCCUAUUUUCUUAUACCACCCAGAACCACCAGCCCAAGAGUGGCACUGCCCAAUUGGCCUUCUCACAUUAAUCACUAUAGUCAAGAAAAUGCCCUACAGAUUUGCCUACAGGCAACCUAAUGGAAACAUUUUGUCAAGGUUCUGUUUUCCCAGGUGAUCCCUACCUAGUGUCCAGUUGCCGUAGGAGCUACCCCCAUCAAGCCCCAUUCAAAGCAGUUGUCCUGGGCCUGGGAGAUGGCUCAGUCAGUAAAGUGUUUGCUUUGCAUGUAUGAAGACCAAAGUCCAGUCUUCCCCAGAACCCUCCAAGCCAGGCACAGUAGUUGAGGUGGUAGAGACAGCCGGAUACCUGGGGCUCACUGGCCAGACAGUUCAGCUGAACUGACAGACUCCAGAUUAAGUGAAAGACCAGACCCACCUCAAAAAGCAAAACAAAACACCAAAAAACAGUGGAAGUGCGUGAUUAAGGAAGAUACUUGACACUGAGCAUACCUAGCACACGUAUGUACACUCCAAAACAUGUCAUUUGGGACUUCUGUUGGCUGCAGUUGACAUCCUGCCUGGUAUAAGGGUUAAUAAGGAAAGUCGCAGAAGAACCUUGAAACACAAGAAUCAAGGGCCCUGGCCAGCACAGCCCGCGUGGGAUCCAGUUGUGCAAGCCUGAGCCUGAACCAGUUGGUUUUCUGCCUUCCUGACUUACCGGUGUUUUCCCUCUCAUACUCUUACCAAUGAGUCCCACUAGUUUAUUAAUGAUCUUCACUUAACAGGGAGGCACUGUGCUCUACCAUUUGGGUGAUGGGGGAGGGUCAAGACAAGAUUUGGAUCUGGCUGUCUGCUGUCUGCUUCAGGCCACAUAUUCACAGUAGGUGAGCCAUGAAAGCCUCUUGUGCACCUAUGAGAUAAUGGAACCUGCCACGAUCAAGUCUGCAACUGAAGGUAUCAAGCUGAUGGCUAGAAUAUGUGAAUACCGAAGAGACAAGUCUGGAGUCGGGUGAGCAGUCGGUGCGUGAAUCCUCCCCAGAGGAUGUAAUCCAGCUCAGUUUAAAAGUUGUCAUGGGUCUGUCUUGGUGUAUGUCUGAGGGCAUCAUGGGAGGAUGAAGAAUGCACACUAGGAAGCAGCAGUCCCAAUUCAUGGUGAAUCAAAAGGACCAGCUCUCAGUCACAUGACCAUUACCUGCAGCAAAGCUUGCUGGGAAAUGUUUUAUGCUGGCAAGGCAUUUUUAAACAAUCUAACUGAAUGGAGCACACCACAUUUUCCUGUGUCCAUGGGCAUAAAAUGAACCACGCUUAGCCUUAAAUGUAUUAUGCAUGACUUCAUCCAAUUCUUCCUUUGAAGCUAUUUUGGUACAAUUAUUGCCCAUGUCUUUUAGAGAAAGAAAAAACUUAACAGGAUGCUGUUGCUUGCUACAAAUUUCAUCUAGCAAUUAGUGGAUUGAAAUUUGGCCUGUGGCCUCAAAACCUUCGGGCUGCUCAUGUUCUGUAAUAUAAAGAGAUCUCCCUAUGCUUAGCUGAAGAUGUGUUUACAUUCUUCAUGGGCCCACCCCUCAGCCCACUAAUGAUAAAAGUGAGCUUGCCAGCUGCCAAAGAGGCUAAGGGGUAACAAAGCUAGUCAUUGGGAGUAGUGUCUGCUUCCAAGUGCCAUUCCUUUAUCCGGAGGUUGUUCCUCACUGUCCCUUAUCACGGCUUGUUAGGAAGAGAUGGUUGUUCUGGGCACACUGCCCACUGCCAUGUCUGCAAGUUUUUUGCCAUCUUGGCAACAAACUCAAGGCACUGCUCAGGUUGCUUCCAGGAACACCCAGCUCUUGACGAAUUACAGGUGUAAUUACAGGGUGAUUGUUCUCUAGCCAGUUUUCUCCCAAGCAAGGUAAGUCCUGCCUAAGUAAGGGCUGGCAGACCGCAGAGAUUAAACCUGCAUUCCAGGAUUCAUUCCAGGAUUACCUUAGCAUCCAGAAGCUGAAAAAAGAACCAUGGUAUGAAACCGGAGGAACAGGCUGUUCAGCAAGGGAACACACAGCUCUAGCUAGAGACAGCAGAGCCAUGAACACUGAUCUCAUUUGGGUUUAGGGAAGCAAAGAGGUGAGGGAUCGUUGGUCAGGUGCUUGUAGGUUUAGGAAUCAACAAAAUAUUGUGGAAAUGUGAAAAGCCAUGCUGUAACCAUGUUUUGCAAAUGCAGCCCCUCAGGACAAGGCCUUUGGAGAUUCCUGCCCGCUUGGCAAGGGCCAGUGGGAAUGUGACUGAGAUCCCUGGGCCUCAGGCCCUCCAGGGCUUGGCUCUGUUUACUCUUACUUACGGUAAUUUUUAGUUUUCCUUUGUCAGUCAUGGUUGCAGUUGAAUUUACUAGGAACAAAAGCCUCUCGGAAGAGUCUUUAUUAAAUUCUCUCAAGUUUCUAAAGUUUGUAGUUUAUCGAACCUGGGUUUUUUGUUUUUUGUUUCUGAACAUAGAAACUGGUUCUCCCUACUACUGGCUGUCUCUACAAUCAUGAAUAAGCUGGAGAAAGUCACUUAGGUUAAUGAUCCUUGCUUACUUAAGUGUUUUAGAGAAGACAUUAAUACAUCUCAUGCAUUUAGGAGUUGAUUUCUUAAGAGAUGCUAUUAAAAACUUAUGGGAACAUAUAAGGAAAAGACGAAGGGUGGGAAAGGUCAGACAUCUCUUUGGGGCCAAAAAAAAUUAACAAUUCUAAAUCUUCCAGUCCCUUUGGAGAUAAAAGUGAAAGUAGAAACUGCCAGGAAGAAACGAAACUUGAUCCUAACAGUUAAGAAUCGGGCAGGCAUCAAUUAUGACUAUUCUGUGUGUUUAAGAAAAGAACAGGACCAUAUCAAAAAAACCUGCUGCUAACGUAAAAGUGAAAUAUUUUAUUCAAAAGAUCACCAGAAUACAAUUUCGGCUCCUAUUUUCUUACAAGACAUGUUAUACUGGUUAAGUCGGUGUGAGGUGCCGUGUGUUUGGCUAAGGAGGAGAGAGGAAGAGAAUACAGGAGAGGAAGUGAACAGGAGAGAUUGGAACAAUGGGGUGAGAGGAGGCCUGCUGAGCAUCCCAAAGACUCCACAGGUAGAACCAAUACUCACCUCAGAACUCCAUCAUCCCACGACAAAGCUGGUCGUGAUUGUGCCACAGGAGAAAGCAACUUUGAAAGUAGUAGAAGUCAGGAAGAUGAGCUGUGCCGAGUCUCCCAAAUCACUACAUAAGCGAAGCUCUGGGGUCUGCCCUGCCACUAGACUCCAGGAAGCAGAAAAGGCAGCUGUGCACAAACGCAGUCCCAAGGUUUUGGAGGCUCUACGAAAGCUCAACAUCCAAGCUGACCAGGCUCCAGUCAUUGCUGUCUUGGGCUCUGGCGGGGGGCUGCGGGCCCACAUCGCUUGUCUUGGUGUGCUGAGUGAGCUGAAAGAACUUGGCCUGUUGGAUGCUGUCACAUACCUCGCAGGGGUCUCUGGGUCCACUUGGGCACUGUCUUCACUCUACACCAAGAAUGGAAAUAUGGAAGGGAUAGAAGAGGAGCUGAAACAUCGGUAUGAGAAGAAUGAGUGGGACUUUCAUGAGAGCCUGGAGAAAGCCAUCCAGGCAUCAAAGAGGGAGAAUUACUCCCUGACUGACUUUUGGGCCUAUUUAAUUGUUUCCAGGCAAAUCAGAGAACUUCAGGAUUCGAAUUUGUCCAGUCUAAAGAAGCAAGUGGAAGAAGGAGUGCUGCCCUAUCCCAUCUUUGCAGCCAUUGAUGAGGACCUUCUGGCUGAUUGGAGGGAGAGGAAAACUCAGAAUUCCUGGUUUGAAUUCACUCCUCAUCAUGCUGGCUACCCUGCACUUGGGGCUUAUGUCCCCAUCACAGAGUUUGGAAGCAGAUUUGAGAAUGGGAAACUGGUUAAAUCUGAGCCUGAGAGAGAUUUGACUUUCCUGAGAGGUUUAUGGGGAAGUGCUUUUGCUGAUAUUAAAGAAAUUAAGAAUUAUAUUUUGAACUACUUCAGGAACCCCUUUGGAAAAUUGAAGUUUAUAGAAGGACCAGUGACAUACUCAGAAGCACCAAGGAUGAAUGUGGAUGCAAUGCUCUUGGAUUUAGUGAUGGCUUAUUUCACAGAUAUGAAUGACCCCAGCAUCAAGGAUAAGCUCUGUGCCCUUCAGCAGGCUCUGGGUACUGAGACAGAUGAAUUUGGCAUAGAGAUGGCUGAGAUCAUCCAGAAUUGGAAUGAGACCUCCGCAGAGAAGAAGGAGCAGUUUCUCGACCAUCUGUUGGAUCGCUUCAAGAAGACACAAGAAGACACCACCACAUACAGUUUGAUGAACUGGAACACGGGUCUAGUUUGGGACCGUUGCGUUUUUGUGAAUGAAACUCGCAAGUGUGUCUCCAAAUGGCAGUGGGGAACUGUUUACAACUUCCUCUAUAAACACGGUAAAAUUGCAGAUGAGACCAUGUGCAGCCGAGAGCUUCUCCAUCUGGUGGAUGCUGGUUUUGCCAUCAACACUCCCUAUCCACUUGUUCUGCCUCCUGUGCGUGAAACUCACCUCAUCCUCUCAUUUGACUUCAGUGCUGGGGACCCACUAGAGACCAUCAGGGCCACAGCAGACUACUGCCAACGCCAUGAAAUCCCCUUUCCUGAGGUGAGCGAGGAUCAGCUGAAGGAAUGGGCCAAAGCCCCAGCAAGCUGCUAUGUCCUCAGAGGGGAAACAGGACCUGUUGUCAUGCACUUUACUCUGUUCAACAAAGACAACUGUGGAGAUGAUAUUGAGACAUGGAGAAAAAAAUAUGGGACAGUAAAACUAUCUGACUCAUACACACCAGACCUGGUGAGAGAUUUGCUGAGGGUAUCCAAGGAGAAUGUGAAGAAAAACAAAAUUAAUAUCCUCAGUGAGAUGAGGAAAGUGGCUGGGAAUCCUGGGAACAUCCCAAGAGUGAACAAGGAGGCCUGCUUGGGAGACAGAGUGAAGGAUCCCCAAGGCUCUCAGACUGUGGAGUUUAAGAAAUCCCACAACAUAUCUAAGGAUUAAGGAUCCUUUGCACUACUUGGAGAGUUGGCAUCUAUUAGUGGACUCACCACCUGUGCUCUCUCCAAAGUCCACCGUAAGCUGUCUCUUUGUGAAGAAGAACUGCAGUUUUCAGGGUACUGUGGGCCUACUGCUUUACCAGGGCCCAAGUGUCAACCUGGCCUGAUGUUCUCUGCCACUCAUAAAAUUGCAUUUGCCUUAGCUAUUACCAUUGAGCAAGUCUCCAGAGACCUAGAUGGUGUCUUUGAUAGCAUUAUUUAGGGCACUGGGUCACCAGAGCUAAAAGAGGCAAAGUAUGUUCUUCAGAUACCUCAGGGGACCCUAAAGCUAGAGCACAACUCCUUGAUCAUCAAAGCCACCCUGUCCAACAUCCAUGUGGCUAAAAUGAAUGUAGUGAUUGAGACCAAAGCCUCAUAAAUUUUUCUCUCAUUCUUUAUCUGCUCAUUUUAUACACCCAGUCUUACUAAGUUCUUUUUUUUUUUUUCUAUAAAAGGAUAGACCUUAGCUCAAAUCAUGACCCAUCACUUCAGAGCAAUUAAAAAAACCCAGACAACUCUGAGAAGACAUGUUCUGUAUAUGCUUGCGUAUCUGCUGCCUUAGUGCCUCCUUCCUGCUUGCCUACUUCCUCUCCUUUCCAUCCCUUCCACCUGUAACUCUUCUCUGAUUUGGAUUCCACAAUCUUCUCAUUGUAAUAUCACAGGCAAGUUCCUUCACAUGAAUUCCUUUAAUCAUCUAUGGAAUAAAUGUGCAUUGUGGUUGUGCCCUGGUCUUAAGACCUUUGGCCUGCUCUGGUACAAAGAAAGUUUGCAAGAGGCAUUACUCAUUUUUCCCCAAGCCAAUGCUGGUUUCUUUUUAUUAAAAAUUACUAAUUUUUCAAUGGCAUUCAAGAUUAUGGGAUUCAUCAUGGCAUUUUAUACACAUACGAAUAGUUUGUUAAUUUGUUUCCCAUUGUUUCCUUUUAGCCUUCCUUCUUUCUUAUGUGGGUCUUCUUCCUCCCUUCAAAUAUUUUCCUCCUGCUCUUGUAUGUAUGCACAAAUAUGUAUUUUAAGUUCAGCAUGUAAAAGAAGACAUGCAAUAUUUUUCCUUUUUUUAUCUCUCAAUUUUCCUCUUGCCCUCCAUCUCUUAGGAUUCCUUCCUUCCAGCAAAUUGUCCCCCUUGUACUUUCAUAACUUAUAUAAUACAUUGAGAUGGAUAAGAGAAAGAUAGGUCAAAAGGUUAAAAAUAGGUGAGAGAUAGAAGGUAAUUAGAUAAGAUACAUAGUUAGUAGAUUGAUGAUAGCUAUAAGGUGGAUAGAUAAGAUAGAUGAUUAAUUGAUUACAGAAGGAAUAUAAUAGGUUGAUAGCUAGGUAGCUAUUAUUGUUAUGAAGGAGAACAUGAUACUUGUCUUUUGGGGGCUGAUUUCUUUUGUUUAACAUGAUGGGUUCCAGAUCUGUCCAUUUUUCUACAAACAAUGUAAUUUUCCUCUUCCCAAUGACUCAAUAAACAUAAAAGACUUCUGGG